UGCCGUUUUGGCAGCGAAGCGCUAUCCACCCAGAGCGGAGCCUUGGCAUCCCUACAAUGGCGGCACACUCCCACGUCAUCCCCUUCCUCUCCCCGGCGGCGACGUCCGCGCGCUGCUCCCCCUACGGCCACCGCCGCCGCGGCCGCGCGGGGCUCCUGCGGUGCGCGGCGGCGGCGGGGCAGGCGGGGUUCUUCACCCGCCUGGGACGCCUCAUCCAGGAGAAGGCCAAGAGCGACGUCGAGAAGCUCUUCUCCGGCUUCUCCAAGACCCGCGAGAGCCUCUCCGUCGUCGACGAGCUCCUCACCUACUGGAACCUCGCCGACACCGACCGCGUCCUCGACGAGCUCGAGGAGGCUCUGCUGGUGUCGGAUUUUGGCCCCAAGAUUUCGUUCCGGAUCGUGGACACUCUACGCGAGGAAAUCCGCGAUGGCAAGCUCAAGUCUGGGGCUGAGAUAAAGGAAGCGCUGAAAAGGUGUAUUCUUGAACUGCUGACGAGCAAAGGCGGCAAUCCGGAGCUGCAGCUCGGUUUCAGAAAGCCGGCAGUUAUCAUGAUUGUGGGAGUGAAUGGAGGUGGAAAGACUACCUCAUUAGGAAAACUUGCUUACAGAUUCAAGAAUGAAGGAGUGAAGGUAUUGAUGGCAGCAGGUGAUACCUUCAGAGCAGCAGCUCGUGACCAGCUAGAAGUUUGGGCAGAGAGAACAGGUUCAGAGAUUGUUAUCGAUAAUGAUAAGAAAGCAAAACCUGCAUCAGUUCUCUCGCAGGCAGUGAAGCGCGGGAAGCGUGAAGGAUUUGAUCUUGUUCUUUGCGACACGUCAGGACGACUUCAUACAAAUUAUGGUCUGAUGGAAGAAUUGGUUUCCUGCAAGAAAGUCAUAGCUAAAGCCCUUCCGGGUGCUCCUAAUGAGAUCUUGCUGGUUCUGGAUGGCACGACUGGCUUGAAUAUGCUACAACAAGCGAGGGAGUUCAAUGAUGUUGUUGGAGUCACAGGAUUCGUCCUAACAAAGCUUGAUGGAACUGCUCGUGGUGGUUGUGUGGUUAGCGUUGUAGAUGAACUUGGAAUUCCAGUAAAGUUUAUUGGUGUUGGUGAAGGGAUGGAGGAUCUUCAGCCUUUUGAUGCUGAGGCAUUUGUUGAAGCCAUUUUUCCUUGAGCUAGGACGCUUUGUUUUUUGAGAUGGAGAAUUUGAAGUUUCGGAGAGAGCAUGUUUGCUUACUUGUACAUCAUUCUGGUUUUUCACUCCUGUGACAAUUUCACUAUGUGUCCAUCCUUUCAUGUAAUAUAUAUUUGCUAACAUGCUAGGAAAUUAGAAGCAAAAUUUUGGACCAUCACAGUUU